AUGACCGAAGGUAGUAGUAGUUCGUCGGAGUCCACAGUCGCGUGCGGCGGUAUAAGAAGAGAGAUUAUGCUGUUCGGCGUCAGGGUUGUGCUUGAUCCGAUGAGGAAGAGCGUGAGUUUGAACAACUUGUCCGAGUAUGAGCAGACGGAUGAGACCCCGAAGAUCGUCGGCGAGGAUGGAGAUGGACAUGAUAAGAUCAAAACCUCCUCCGGUUACGCCUCGGCUGAUGACGCUGUUCCGAUUUCUUCUUCCGGCGGAAAUCGCGAGAGGAAACGAGGAGUUCCAUGGACUGAGGAAGAGCACAAACUGUUCUUGCUUGGGCUGCAGAAAGUAGGGAAAGGAGAUUGGAAAGGAAUUUCCAAAAACUUUGUCAAAAGCAGAACGUCUACGCAAGUAGCUAGCCACGCUCAGAAAUACUUCCUCCGGCGAAGCAAUCUCAACCGUCGCCGACGAAGAUCUAGCCUUUUUGACAUGACCACUGAUACGGUCAUGCCCAUGGAAGAAGAUCAGGUGCUUAUGCAGGAGAACACAUCAUCACAAUCACCUUGUCUUGUACCGGAAGCCAACAGCUUCUCUAUGUAUCCGGUUAUGCAAGUCAUUCCUGAGUUCUCUGUACCAACAUCUGGUGACAUUGCGUCAGUGAAUCAAUCAUAUGGACACUUUUCUUCCUCUAAUCUCAUCAACCUUGUUCCAUUAACCUUUCAAGCAACUCCUGCACCGCUCUCUCUCAACCUCUCUCUAGCCUCAUCUAAUCUUUACGAGCCUUCUUCCUCAAGGCAUUUUGCAUUCAACACGAUUGGAGUCGCUUAG